GGGCGGGAUUCCCCUGCAGCGGACCUGCAUCCAUCCUCCCAUCCAUCCUCUCGUUGCCCGGUGCCGCCAAUUCAAUCGUCCCAGUCCGUUGGAGACCACAACAACAAAUACACGGGGGGUUUGGUCGUUGAAGGCGUUGGGUUCGCUCGUUACUCGACGUCUUUUCUAUUCCAUGCGCAGAGUCGGAUCCUCUCGUCGUCGUCGGGUCACACGGCACUAGAGUUGCGACAACUCGAUCUUCCCAUCCCGCCCUAAUCCGUGCUCAAGAAUUCUCCUUCACCAGCCUGCUUCUGCUUCGUCUUGAAGUCAACUCUCAUCAAACAGAAGCCAUGGCUCCCACUCACCGCUACGAUCUUGUCAAAGACCAAGACCAGGACGAUGUCAAGGACGAGCCCCAGCAGCCAACACCACCCACCUCUGUAUCGUGGUGGAAGAUUCUGCUCGGCAUCCUCUGUCUUCUGGCCAGUGCUGGUGUAGGCGCGACGCUCGCCAUUGUGCUUGGUCCCUUUCCCAAGGAGUCCAGCGCCGCCGCCGCCGCCGGCAGCAGUGCAGCACCCGCUAUCAUCAGCGCAUCCAGCACCACCUCAUCCGCUGCAGACCUCCCACUUCCCACGAGACCCGUCGAUUCUGUGGAGGAGAAAGUCGAGGACGGUGACGUUCUGGACGGCCAGAUCCUCGAGUGCGGAUACAGCCCCGAGGAAGCGCGCGCCAAUGGCUGUGUGUACGACGUGAUGAUGCAGGACUGGGUCCCAGAACCCUGCUACGACGCCGUGCUGACGGAACGGUACCUGGCCCAGGGAAACUGGACGUGGUACGCCGACGCCGAGGGCAAAGUGAUCCUCUCAGAUGAGGAAAUGCGCAAGGGCGAACACGGCUCGGCCUGGAUGUCGUCGAGCUACCACCAAGCGCACUGCAUCUUCUCGUGGGACAAGACCGUCCGUGCCCUGCGCAACAACCGACCAAUCAGCCAGGAACUGUUGUCCUACGACCACGUCCUUCACUGCAGCCACCAGACCCUGAAUGGCGUCGAGGUGGAUGACAGCAUUGGCGUACGCGCACCCACGAAUUAUGCCAAGUGUGCGCUGUAUGAUACCUGGAAGUACAAUUGGAUCCCAGACAGACAUUCUUCCACCACAGAUUAAUUUGUUUUGAUAUAUAUACCAAUCUUGCGAAGCGUUUUAUGGCAGAAUUACAAUUUCAGACCUUUUACCGCAGAA